AUGGGGGCAUAUGUGUCGAAUGAGGGUAUAACACCCACAUUUGACACAUACAGAGGGGGGAAGAACUACAGUAGCUUCGUCGACGUCACAUUCCAUUCGGCCAAUCUCUUAGGACGGGUCGAGGAAUGGAGGGUCGAGGAAGCACUGACUAGUUCGGACCACAACGGUAUCUUGUUUAGGAUAAAGGGAACGACAUUGAAAGGAAUAGUGAUUGAAAGGACAACUAGGAUUUUUAACACGGGGAAGGCGCACUGGACUGAUUUUCGUGGUAAAAUCGGCCAGCUGCUGGAAAGGGAAGAGCUAAGAGUGGAGAGCGUAGAAAGGAUAAUGACGGAAAAGGAACUGGAUAGGGUAGUCGAAGCAUAUACAGAAGCGAUCAGGGAAGCAUGCGAAGAAAACAUUCCAAAACUAGGGAAGACUAAGAAACUUACCGUACCAUGGUGGACCCAGGAGUUGGCAGAAAUGAAAAAACAGGUCAAGAUUAAGAAAAGAAGAAUCCGAUGCGCAGCAGCAAUCCAGAAGAUCGAAAGUAGUAGAGGAGUACCUGAAAAUAAAAGAAGAAUAUGA